GAAAUAACAAACACAAGUUAAUGAGUCGCAAGUAUAGGCAGCGGCUCAGAGACAGAAAAUGUGCGCCUCGGGGCAAAGGCGCGCCGGUGAGCUGCUGAAACUCCUCAAUGGCUGAAGGUCCCUAAAGGACAAGCUCCACAUUUACCCCUUCUUCUUUAACCAGUGAAGUUUCAGAACCUAACACGAGUCUUUUCAUCUUCACAAGACUGCAGCACUGAUCAUGGGGAGAAGAGGAGCAGCACAGAGAGAUGAAGAGUUCAGUUUUGUCAGUCCGGUCGUCAAAUAUUUACUCUUCUUCUUCAACACGAUAUUUUGGAUCAUCUCUGUGGUGCUGAUGGGCAUCGGCGUGUACGCCAGGAUCAGUAAAUAUAAUGGGGCGAUGGCGUGUUUAACGGUGGACCCCUCCAUCAUUCUGCUGAUCGUCGGAGUUCUCAUGUUUUUCCUGACGUUCUGCGGCUGCGUGGGUUCUCUCCGAGAGAACAUCUGCCUCCUGCAGACGUUCUGUAUCUGCCUGAGCCUCGUCUUUGUGCUGCAGCUGGUGGCUGGAAUUUUAGGUUUUGUCUUUUCAGACAAGGUACGCUAUAGAGUGUCCGACAUGGUCAACAAGGCAAUCGAGCAUUACAGAGAUGAUCUGGACCUGCAGAACCUGAUUGAUUUCGGACAGAAAGAGUUUGCCUGCUGUGGUGCGGAAUCUUUCAUGGACUGGUCCAGCAACAUGUACUUCAACUGCACGGAGGGGAACCCGAGCAACGAGCGCUGUGCCGUGCCCUUCUCCUGCUGCCUCAUCUCUAAAGACGAGGCUCUGAUAAACACUAUGUGCGGACAUGGCAUGCAGAAGCUGGAGAUGCAAAAGGCUAGCGCUUUCAUCCACACCAGUGGCUGCAUCGACAAACUCGUCAACUGGGUCCACAGUAACCUGUUUCUGCUGGGAGGCAUAGCACUGGGUCUCGCCAUCCCUCAGCUGGUGGGAAUCCUGCUCUCUCAGGUCCUGAUAAACCAGAUCCAAGAUCAGAUUAAACUUCAGGACUACAACCUGCAGCACCACUCUGACCCAUGGAGCUGAAUUUACGACUGCACAGUGAAAACCCUCGGUCUCUCAGACACUCGGAAUUGUUUCUCUUAAUAAGUUAAACACUGUGCAGUAGAUUUAUCUGUUUAUAACAGUUACUGUUACAGAUGUUGUUAGUCAACAGAUUUGGAAGCUGAAAUUAAAUUAAACGUAGAUAAAAAAACAAAAAAAAUUAGAUCCGUACAGCUGUAAAAAGAUAUUUAUUCAUUUGCACUAGGGGAUUUUUUUCAAUAACAGGCAACAUUAUAAACACUGUAUAAUUUCAGAAGUGCCUCCUUCAGCUUCAGAGUAAAUGACUAAAAUCAGCUGUCCAUGAUUUACAGAAUGAUAACAAUUUAUCUUUUGUGUGUGUGUGUGUGCAUUUGUAAUUUUUUGUACAUUUCAGGGUUUUUUUGUUCAGUAUUUUGUCCUGUUUUUGCCCUUGGGAUACGCUAUAUUGACAAAGGUUUUGGGACACCUCUACCAAAUCGUUGAAUUCAGGUGUUGUUCUUCAGGGGUUGGACCAAGAUAUUUUGGACAAUUUUAUGCUUUGUGGGAACAGUUUGGGGAUGACCCCUUCCUGUUCCAACAUGACUGCACACCAGUGCACAAAUCACGGUCCACAAAGGCAUGGAUGAGAGAGUUUGGUGUGGAGGAACUUCACAGAGUCCUGACCUCAACCUGAUAGAACACCUUUGGGAUGAAAUAGAGCAGAGACUGAGAGCCAGACCUUCUCAUCCAACAUCAGUGCCUGACCUCACAAAUGUGCUUUUAGAGGAACGGCCAAAAAUUCCCAUAAACACACUCUUAAACCUUGUGGAAAGCCUUCCCAAAAGAGUUGAAGCUGUUAUAGCUGCAAAGGGCGGGACAACUCCAUAUUACAUUCAGGCAGACGUCCCAAAACUUUUGGCAGUAUAGUGUAUUUUGUGUAUAAAUUCAAAUGUGUGUGUUAGGUGACAAAGUUUAUAUACACCUUGUAAUAAUUAAAAAAAAAGAAAAAAAGAAUUAUCAUUAAAAAUUACAUUUUGUUUUGUAUUUAGUUCUGCCUUUAAUAACUGACUUCACAUAACACUUUUUUAGUCCAUAAUACAAUAAUAACAAAAAAGGCCCUGCAUGUUCGUCACUUUUCCAGCAUCUCAUGCCUAUCUGACUCCUUUCCAUUGGCGGUUAUAUGAAGCUGAGUACGACUGAGGGACUUGAACGCGAUUAAACUAUUACAAAAGCUAAAAACACAAUGCGUACAUGAUAAAAUCCAGGGGGCAAAAACAUUUCACCAGGAUGAUCGGUGUAAAUUCAUUCAAUUCAAUUCAAUUUAUCUGUAUAGCGCUUUUAACAGUGGACAUUGUCCCAAAGCAGCUUUGCGGAAGAAGAGAAACAUAGAAAGAAUGAUAAAGUUUAAGUUAUUGUUUAUCGCUAACAUUUAUCCCUAAUGAGAAGCCUGAGGCGAUGGUGGUGUGGAAAAAACCCCUGAGAUGACAUGAGGAAGAAACCUUGAGAGGAACCAGACUCAGAAGGGAACCUCAUCCUCAUUUGGCUGGAAUUACAGUGCUCAGGACAAACAAGUGACUCAUGAACAACUUUCACAAAGCAUACAAAUCAUCCAGGCAACAACAAACUGGAUUAAGUGCUGGAUUUGAGCAUGUGUAAACACUUGAACUGGUUCUUUUUGUGUAAAUUCAAUUAUUAUUGUGUCCUAUUAUGGUGGAUUGAUCUGUUAAUUCAGGGCAGGACUAAAUUAAAACACAGAGUUUUUGAAAAUUAAAAAUGAUGAAUAUUUUCCCUUUUUUUGCACAUUAAAUUAUAUAUAUAAAAAUAUAUAAGUUUCUUCGUAGCUCAAAUACGAUACAGCUCACAUUCAACACGAUGUUUAGAUUAGGUAAUGAUUUCUCUGAUUACACUGAUUCGUUAAUUAAAUAGUAAUAAUACAGGCCACAUCAUCAUCACUGACCUUCUUAAAGAAACCACAUUUACAGAAAUAAUCAUGCUUUGUGCUAGGAGCAGAAUCUUCUGAUUGUAUGUGGUAGCUAAGUGGUUGGAUUGUUGGAGUUUGAAUCCCAGGUCCACCAUGCUGACACUGCUGGGCCCCUGAGCAAGGCCCUUAACCCUCAAUUGCUCAGUUGUAUAAAAUGAUCUAAAAAUAGAAGUCACUCUGGAUAAGGGUGUCUGCCAAAUGCCAGAAAUGUAAAUGUAUGGAUAUGUCCAAAACCACUCCAGAGAUGGAGCAGAAGUCAUGCGCUCUUUGAUGGAGCUUUGCGUUUGCUUUGAGUUAGAUAUACUGGGUUGGUUUUGGGAAGUGGGAGGAAACUGGUGAACCCUAAAGGAACCCACACACUCAUUUGAACUCAGGAUCUUACCCUGGAGCUUUGAGAUGAUGAGGGUAACGUUACCUUCUACACCACCACAGUUUAGUGAUCAUUAUAUGAAAUCAUAAACAAACUGUAAAACAUUUAGAGAAAAUUUACAUUUAUUAAAACUUAAAGAGUUCAAUAUCCAAACCUUUUCAUGACAACUAGAGUAGAAAUGAAUCUGGCGAUCAUGUUUAACGUCACUUAUAUUUAGGACACUUCCUUGCCAGACCACCAGAGGGUAACCUUGUGUAUUUUGUGUUUGUUGAAUAUUCACCUUAUUUAAGUUCCUGUUUUUCACAUGACCUUUCUCUAGCUUCUGUUGGAAGCCUGUGUGUUUGUUGUAUUCACUUUUUGAGUGGUUUUGUAUGAUAGAAUUUGUUUUUACUCACUUUGUUCAAGAUUCCUGUUAGUAGUUUGUC